GGUGAUUCAAGGAUCCAAGAUACUUCUGCUGGAAGAUAUCCAGCAGAGAACUUCAGAUCAGAUUCAAAGCAGACAAACCAAUCUGCAUAUAGAGACGGAUCUCACCAGACAACUGCAUCUCCACAGACAGAGAAAUCUCCACAAACUAUCGAGUCUCCGCAGACAGAUGAAUGUCCACAAAUAAUUCACUCUUCACAGAUAGAAGGAUCUCCGCAAACAAUGGAGUCUCCACAGACAGACGGAUCUCCACAAACAUUUGAUUCAACGGAAAAUACAAGCGGUGUAACAGGAAAUAGCAUAUGCGAGACAACAAAUGGAGAUUCUGAAUCAAGUGAUUCCACAAAGAGAGAAACCAAGAACAUUGCAAGAGCAGAUAUUGGAACAGAUCAACGCAAACAACAGGAAAAGACUGAACAAAAACAAAAACUGUUUCAAAGAAUUCACCUUACAAGAAAUGAGCAGCUGAGAGCUGCAGAUGUUCUUCAGAUAACAAAACAUACAUUAGAGACUCUUGAGUCAUGUGCUGAAGAGGAGCUGGUUCAAAUGUUCAUACUAAAACUACUCAUGAUGGACUACAGAGCAAGAUACAUUCAAGUUAAAGAGACCAAACAAAAGAAAAUAGACACUGGCCCAUCCAUGCAUGGUGGUGAUAUAUUCAAAGCAAUGUCUUUAUCUAACAUGGUUGCCGGUCAAAAUGAGCGCAUCCAUCCAAUGGAUGUUCAGAUGGCUGUGUUUCAUUGUGCUGAUGGUUUCCUAAAGCAGAUGAUGGUCACUAAACUCUCCCAGUGUCAGUAUGCUCUGCCUCUGCUUGUUCCUGAUCUGUUCACACAGCAGAUUGAGUUUCCUCUCUGGACAUUCAGACAAAUCACCAAGAGCUGGAAGAUCAGAAACACCAACAAUGAAACAAUCAGUCAAACCCAGUCAAUCUACAAGGCAGAAACUCCAAUGGUGUUUUUCUUCAGGUUUGGUUCAGUGUCUUCAUCUAAGUCUCAUCUGAUUAACAACCUGAUCAAUGAGAGACACAACACAUUCUUCCACAGAGACUGUCCAGGCAGCAGCAGAUCCAGAGUUCUGAUGGAUGGAGUGGUGGAGAUCGCCUGGUUCUGCCCUUCUGGAAAAGACACUGAUAAAUUCAAUAACUGUGUGGCCUUCUGUAAUCUACAUGGAGAUGCAGGAGAACAUGAGAAACAGAUGAAGAUCCUCAUGAAAAUGGCUUCAGUUAAUGUGGUUUUUCUGCCACAACUUGACAACAAUGACAGAAGCGCAGUAAUAAUCCAAAACCUGUUCACAAACACAAAGCCACUCAUUUGCCUUUUUACUGAGGAUGAAUCUGCUGUAAUUGAGAUAGGGAAAGGGAAAUUCAAAAUUGGUUUAAAAGACCGAAAUCAGUCCAAUGUUUCUGAAGAACUCAGAGGAGCUAUUAAUGAAUGUCUCUUAGAAACAUUUUCUGUAUUAAAACUUAAAACCAUUUCCAAACACUCAGACAUUAGAGUAGAUGUAGAACAUGAUGAAGACUGCAGAAGAGGAAGAGAAGCAGCACAGCAGAUGAUCAGUUUACUGAAGAAGAAAAAACUGACAGAAAUCAAAGAAUCAUUUCUGCCACAUCAGGGGAAACUGUGGCAUCAGUGGAGUGAGAAGAACAAAGAACUACACCGACCUCAAGGAGAUGUACCAGACAAGGUAAUAGGCAACAAAAAAACAGAAAUGAUGAACAUUCGUAAACAGCAGCAUGAAUCUGAUGUCAGUGAGUUCAUGAAGCACUUUAUUAAAACAAUGGAUUCACAUGCCAAACACGAGAAGGUUUAUUUCCUCAAAUGGCUUACAACACUCCUGGAUGAACAUAUCUCAGAUGACCUUUCUGACCUACAUGACAAGAAUAAUAAAACAUGGUCAACGAUUGAAGAACUAAAAGACCAGAAGCACAACACCAAUAAGCCUGAACAACUUAAAACUAAACAAGCAGAACUUGAGAAAAUAUAUGAGGAUCUUCAUGCUGCAGCAUUUGGUCUGGAGCACAUCAUGCGGGAGGUCAGUCAGAUCUAUGAAUCAUGCUCAUCUGUGAAGAAGAUCAAGAAAAACCUGCCAGUUGACUUCUCUUCUCUCCCGAGUCUCGCAGCAGAGAUGAUGAUCUCUGGGUUUCCACUGGAGUUGAUGGAUGGAGAUGCUGCUCAUGUUCCUGUGAUCUGGAUCUCUGCUGUACUGGAAGAACUUGUCCAGAAACUGGGAGACCAGAGAGUCUUUGUGUUGUCAGUUUUAGGGAUUCAGAGCUCUGGGAAAUCCACCAUGCUGAAUGCCAUGUUUGGGCUCCAGUUUGCCGUCAGAUGCACCAGAGGAGCUUUCAUGCAGCUGGUCAAAGUGUCUGACGAAAUGAAAACAGAGAUGAACUUUGACUAUAUUCUGGUUGUUGAUACUGAAGGUCUUCGUUCCCUAGAACUGGCUGGAAAAUCAACAAGAGGUCAUGACAAUGAACUGGCCACAUUUGUUGUAGGUCUUGGAAAUCUGACCUUGAUCAACAUCUUUGGAGAAAACCCCUCUGAGAUGCUGGAUACUCUUCAGAGUGUUGUUCAGGCCUUUAUGAGGAUGAAGAAGGUCAGACUGAAUCCCAGCUGUGCGUUUGUGCACCAGAAUGUUUCAGACAUUACAGCUGGAGAGAAAAACAUGGAGGGAAGGAGAAAACUACAGGAGACACUGGAUGAGAUGACAAAACUGGCUGCCAAAGAUGAAGUCUGUUAUGCAGAAUGUUUCAGUGAUGUCAUUAGCUUUGAUGUUCAGAAGGAUGUGAAGUAUUUUGCUCAGCUCUGGGAGGGCAGUCCACCAAUGGCACCACCAAACCCAAACUACUGUGACAAUGUACAUGAGCUCAAGAAAUCUAUUACUUCUCAUGCUUCAAAAUCACAAGGAAUAAAGCUUAAAGACUUAAAGGAACGUAUUAAUGAUCUCUGGGAGGCUUUACUGAAUGAACAGUUUGUCUUUAGCUUCAGAAAUUCACUAGAGAUUUCAGCCUAUAAAAAACUGGAAAGCAAAUAUAGCAAGUGGUCCUGGACACUUCGCAGUGCUAUGCUGGAAACUGAAAACAAUCUGCACAACCAAAUAGAAAAUGAGGACAUCCAUGAGGUUGAAGAAGCUCAUCUUCAACUUGAGCUGAAGACAACAAGUGAAGAAGUAAAAAAUUCAAUGUCAGAAUUCUUUGAGAAAGACACUGAUGUAGAAAUACUGAUUCAGUGGAAAGCAUCUUUUGAAAUCAAAAUCAAGGAGCUUCAGGAAAACAUUGUACGAGAAACAAAGAGAAAACUAAAUGACAUUCUCCAGCAGCGAGACCUGAAGAAAAAGAUUGAUGCUCAGAGGACACAUCACGAAAACACUCUCUAUGAAAAGAGCAAAGAACUUGCCUUAAAACUCAAAGACAUAACACACGAUGAAGAAACACUGACAAAAGAGUUUGAUUUGUUUUGGGAAGAGAGUGUAAAAAAGACUAUCAGAGACAAUCCUGAAAUAAAAGAUAUUGACAUAAUGAAAGAUGUGAGAAAGCUACUCAGUGAAAUUCAUGGAAGUGUUUCUGUAGACCACUGGAAGAUAAGGAAUAUUUACAAUCUGAACAGUUAUGACAAUUAUGUAAAAAUGAAAAAAACCACUGGAUUUAUGCAUACCAUUAAUUUCUUUAAGCUAAGUCACAGUCUAUCAAGAGAGGAUGAAUCCCAAAUAAAAACAUUAGUCACAGAUCUUGCUCAGCAGACAGACAAAAUGAUUAAGUCAUUUAACAUUUCAAAGAUGGGCUACAACAUCAGCUACAUUCAACAACUCACAGACUACAUCAAAGCAAGACUAACACAACAAGAAGAACACGUCAAAUAUGAGUUCAAGAAUGAAUUCUUUGUGGAUUUGGUUCUUUCCAUCUGUAAUGGAUCAAUUAAGACAUUCACAGAACAACACAGACUGUUCAGGGAAGCCAAUGAUCCUGUCAUAUAUGUUGAGAAGAAGAGAGCAGAGUACUACAGUAUUUUCCAGAAACAUAUUCGUGGAACUGCGUCAGCUGCCAUUUUUGGGGAGAUCAUCUGUCAGAAACUCAAAGAGCCCAUUGAGCAGAGCAUCUACAAGAAAACUGCAAGAGAAUUGGCAAAUGAAAUGACAACAAACUGUCCUUCACUGAAUGGAAACAGAUCAAAAUUAGAAAAACACAUCCUGAACACACUGGCAGAAGAGGAGGAUUUUGGAAAAUACAUGAACUACAUUGAAACUCCCAGAGAUCACUUCAAGAGUUUCAUCAGAGAUGAAGUCAAUCGGUACAUCAGUGAAAAGUUCAUUGUCAGUGUUUUACCCAAGAUGAAGGAGAACAUUAAACUCCUGCAGCAGAAGAUCGUGAGCGCAGCACAUCAAUCUACUGAAGAUAUUCAAGUCAACAGAGGAGAUGUUGGUUUGUGGUUGAAGAAUUUUAGGCAGCAGCUCUCAAAUGAGUUGAUCUUCUCCGAAAAAGACCUGAGUGGUGUCCAACAUGAGGAUGUUGAUGAUUUCAACCUCCUUAAAGAUGUGAUUACACAAGAACUUCCAAAAAUAACAUCUGAGAUCAGCAGUGCAUUCAACAAAGAACAUUUUGAGAAAAAAAUUUAUGUUACGUUUAGACCAGAAGAGCUUCUGAAUGAUCACUUCUGUCGGAGUUGUUGGGUUCAGUGUCCGUUCUGUGCUGCCAUCUGCACAAACACCAUAGAAGACCAUGAUGGAGACCACAGUGUUCCUUUCCACAGAGUAGAUGGAAUCAAUGGAUGGCAUUAUAACGAAACAAUACAUCUGUGUGCCGGUUUUUGCACUACUUCAGUAGCAAGUGAUAAACACUUUCUAGCAUCAAAUGGGAGGUUUCCAUAUAAGGAUUACAAACAAGCAGGAGGAGAUUAUGCAAAAUGGAGCAUCACCCCUGACCUCUCUGAGCUGCCCUACUGGAAGUGGUUUGUGUGCAGAUUCCAGAAAGAUCUGGAACAAUAUUAUGAGAAAAAAUUUGAUGGAAGUGGAAAGAUCCCAGACGAAUGGAAAAAUCAUACAAAACUGGAUGCUAUUAAAAGUUUGGAUAAAUGCUUUGGUUGAAAUAUUAAUAGAACACAAAAGCACAAAAUAUCUAAAAAUUUCUAAAUAGAUCUCUAAAAAUGCAAACACUUCACCCAUGUACCAUGUUCUGGGUUAGUUAGGCCAGUUUUUAUUUUUGAGUCAAUAAAAUAAGCUAGAUAGGUUUAGUUGUGAUUAAUAGUUGUAGUUUUGUUGUAAUUUGUAAGUUUUGAUCAUUUUUUUUUAAUCCUGAAGAUGCAUACAGUGAUGUGCCUCUCUAGCAUGUAAUGAUUUCAGGCAAGUUUAAGGCAUUGACAUUUGUCAAAUGUUUUUAAUUUUGUGUGUACCAAUUAUUGUCAAUUGUACCUUUAUACUACAUCAUGCACGUGUUUUUUUUUUUGCUGGAAAUCAAACACAAAUUUUAAUGUUGUUAGUGAUUGCUACAUUCAUCUGAACUUUAAAAAAGGUCACAGAAUGAAAAUAUUUUUACCUAUCAUGUAAAGUCAAAAUUGGGAGCUGUUUGGAACGAAAUGUGUGAAGGAAAAGUGCGUACUCAAUCAUAUUGGAGUGAUAUAUACAUGCCUCUUUUUUAAAACUUCCUGAAGUUAAAAUUGCAGCCAGAUCCCAGUAUUUUGAGACCUGUUUGAGGCCUAUGCCUAAAUGAUAUUUAAAUGCCAGUGUAAAAUGCCUUUUAAAAUGAUAAUCAAAAAAAAAAAGGAUUAACAAUAAUAAAUUGAUUGAAAAUAAAAAGGGUUUGGUGGUUAAAAAAAUGCCACAAAGACUGUGUGAUUUAUAAUAAGAAAAUUACUCUUUUGACAAUUAUAUUAUUGUCACACAGAGGUGUUGCUAUUGGGUAAAAUGUGUGAAACAAGAAACAAAAAAAUGAUGGCUCGGCCAACGUAGCACUAUGGUGCAAAGGUGCUUUUAUUUACAGUGCAAAAAGUGUCCAAUUCUAAUACGUAGACAAAUAUUUAUAUAAAAAAAAACAAUGAAACAAAAAAGACGAUAAAGUAAAUAUAUACAGUACAAGUUUUUGCUUUCCAAAAUCACUACUUUUAACCAACCGUUCACCACUCACACUUCAAACUCCCACCCUAAACUGAGCGUGAGCUGCUCUAUUUAUAGUGAGCGACUCCGCCCACUAUGGCUUCAACCAUUUGCAGGUGUGUGUGAAUAUGUAGGUGUGCAGCUCUGCCGCAGGCCAGUGACAAAGUCUUUUGUCACAAUUUUUAUUUUACUGUACUUCAGAUAAAUGUUUUCCAAUUGUAUUGACUGCAAAAAUUUAAAAUAAAACAUUUCUUUUCAGUUCA